AUGGCUCAGGGUAAGAGUAAGAUAGUUAUUAGCUUCCAAAAGGCAUCGGGGAGUGGUAUUGCAAUGCGAUAUAAGGACCGUAAGCCUUUGAGACAAUCAGCUACUACUGAUCCUAUUAGGGAGAGGGAGAGAGAGCAUGAGAGGGAUGUUUUAACACCAGUUGGGGUUUCAGUUUCGGAUGGGGUGACUACCAUACAUUCUAGUGUAGCUAUAGUUGGGGAUGUUUCUUUGGCUUUGAUCCCGUAUGAGCAGACUGUCCGUGCCAGUAGAGGUGAAUUCUCCAACUUUGAUUUUGGGUCGGAUCUUGACAUGCCUUUUCCUAUUGAAGAUGAGCAGGACCGGAGUUGGAAUAUUAGAGGCCUUAAUGGCUUCUCGAAACAACGCGCGGUGAGGAAUUGGAUUUCUGAUUCUUCUUUGGGUUUGAUUGGCUUGUUAGAGACUAAGGUUGAGCAGUCUCAUCUACAGUCGGUGGUCUCAGUAGUUUGUCCUUCAUGGCAGUUUUUGUUAAAUGCGACGGAUUCUAUUGCUUGCCGAGUUCUAGAGGUCACUUGCAGGGUUACUCAUGUUUCAAAGGGGUCCUCCUUUAGGAUUACUUUUGUGUAUGGUUCUAACGACCUUGGGAAUCAUCGCAACCUGUGGGAUUGCCUUAGGGAUCAGCCGACGGAGUUUGAUUCGGAGGGGUUACCAUGGCUUGUGUUGGGUGAUUUUAAUGCCAUUUUGGGAGCUUCUAAUAGAAUGGGUGGUGAUCUUGCGUGGUAUGGUUAUAUGGAUGAUUUUGGAUACUGUAUUCAUGAUGUUGAGUUGAUUGGGGUUCCUUUUACUAGGCUUCGGUAUACUUGCCAUAAUAGUCAGCAUGGCGAUGGGAUUAUUCUACGGAAGGCAGUUUGGGACGAGCCCAUUGUAGGCAAUCCUAUGUUCCGUCUUAGCCGGAAAUUGGGGUUAUUGAAACAGAAGCUCAAAUCUUUACAUAUUAGGGUUUCUAGCCAUAGCUCCAGCAGGGUAAUUGAGGCCCGGGCUCAAUGGGAAAUAGCCCAAGAAAAUUUGGAUCGGGACCCCCUUUCUACUGAGUGUAUCUUUGAGGAGAGGAACCUUGCCAACCAGUAUUUCAGUCUUUGUCGAGAUAAUGAGGCUUUUUUUAAGCAGCGAUCUCGUGUUCAGUGGCUGAACUUAGGGGAUCAGAAUACUAAGUUCUUUCAUAAGUCGUUGAUCCAUAGGCAGGAUCUUCUUGUUGCCCCUAUUCAACCUCAUAUCGUAGAGGCUUCCAGGUAUUUUUCUGGGCGCAUUUCUGCUGAUAUGAUUUCUGCCUUGAUUGCUCCUAUCACUGAUGAUGAGAUUAGGAUUGCUGUAUUCUCUAUCCCGAAUGAUAAAGCCCUUGGUCCGGAUGGAUACUGA